GCUUGUUCACUACUUUAAUUCUUCUCUACUUUUGGCCAUGAGAAGCUCAUGGUUCUUUGUAGUCAGCUCAGCGUUGUAACUUGGAUUGAUUACUGUUAAUCCAAAGAUAUUUGAUCAAAUUAGAUUAGAUUUGAUCUGGUUCAAUGAUGUUUGUAGGUGUAGGUGUUGGACCACACCUUCUACAAGUGUGGAAGAGUAAGAGUGUGUCAACAAAAACAAGAAGCCAACUUAACUACUUUUUUAAGAGUGACCAAUGUUGUCAACAGAUGACUUGAAAUAAGACUAUUAUAGUUUUCCAAAACUAAAUUGAUUUUGAGCAGUUUCAACUUUUAGCUUGAGUUGGAUGUUCCUUAAAGAGAUGAGAUAAAUAUAAUAUAGCCAAAAGACUUAUAUUAUUAUGUAAUAUUCGGAUAAUUUUUUUAUUAAAUCUAUCCCACUUUCCUUUAUCACAACUGUGUGGCUUUGGACUUACUAGGCACAUAUGGCACUCCAUGACAUAGAUGCUGCAGUUGAAAGCUUUAAAAAUGCAUUGGUCUUAGAGCCAAAUGAUGAGAGAAUUUUGGGCAACCCAAACCAAAGUUUGAAGUUAAAAAGACAAGAAACUGAGAACUCUGAGUGCCACAGUGAAGAUAUUGAGGAAGAAUCAGUGGGUGUUAAAAAGGCAUGUCCAACACGAGGUGUUAAGAGAAGUCGUUCAGCCGAAGUACAUAAUCUAUCUGAAAGGAGGCGAAGAGACAGGAUCAAUGAGAAGAUGCGUGCAUUGCAAGAUCUCAUACCAAACUGCAAUAAGGUUUACUCUUCCAUUUUCACUUUUGUUAUGCAGACCAGAGAAUUUUCAUAAGCAUAAUAGAAUAUUUAUUAUCACUAAGAAUUUUAACUUGAAGCAAAAAUAUUAUAGAAUGACAGUAAUAGAUGUCAAUAUAUAACAUCUAUGUUGUUGUGCAUAACAAUAGCAAAAUAUUACUUCUCUAUCUAUGGGGUCAAAAGGAUGAACUUCAAUUUUUUUUUUUAUUUAGAACUAGUUAUACUUGUGCCAACCGAUGCAUAAUUCUUCUUCGCUUUUAAUAGGUUCGCUUAUUUAUACUUUCAAACCUUGAGCCAUAUUUGCUUCUCCUUGAGCCAAAAAUGCAACCAGAGAAACAGAGAAAUGAAACAAAGAGGCAGGAAGCAUGGCAAGUAUAUGGGGCCUUGUUGUGUGCUGUUGGCCAAUGUAUGCAUGAAAAGGCCAAAAUCUUCAGCAAUUUGCUCUCUCCUCCAACACGUGCUUCUUCUAGACCCAAAGCCAUGAUUGCUAUGUCAAGUAUGACUUCACUUUGCUACAAUGAGAUUUAUACUGGUGUUUCAAAAUAAUGCAUGUCCUUUCUUAAAUGGAUGAAUUUGAUAAAUUACUUUGUGUGCAUACCUUUCGAUGCAUCUUGUAUGCUUUGGUUUCCUCUCAUUUUAACUUUUCAAUUUUUAAUUCUUGAAAGAAAUACAAACUAAAGGGGGGUAAUUGCAGGGCUGAUAGUGGAAAAUAUUUUCUUCUUGAUAGAAGAUAAUGAACAAAUGUAUUGUAGGUAAAAAGAAAAUGCGACAGGUCAACCAAUCUAAUUUUAUUUUUUCUCUUUAUAUUAUUUGACUAGUUAUAUAUUGUUUCUAAUGACAUUUUUUCUUUGUUAUAAUUUCAAUUUAUAACAGCCGGCUUGAUAGAAAUUCCCUGACAGGAGAGGUUCCUACAAAUCUUUGUAAGAGAUGAGUUUGGAUAAUGAAGAUGGAGUGUUAGAGCAAGAAACAAAGAUGUUGGAGCAAGUUCCCGGGAUGAAAUUCACACAAGAGACCGAGAAAAUAAGGCAGGCUUGUUUUAAAGUUAAUUACAAAAGGAGGAAACUUUUGGCCUCCAAAUCUUAUUUAUCAUCACUUAGCUAAGCUACUUGUCUUGUAUAUUCAUAUUCUAUGUAGUAAAAACAGCACUUAUUAGAUGGUUUAAAUACAUUAUUAGAUAUUAACAUAGGUUAAGGAACUGGAUGGUAGAUUUGACUGAAUAGUGUUUAUUGUAAUGCUUGUAUUUUGGUAAGUUUAGUAAG